AAUAACCUUGCAGAUAAGUCCUUAGGGGCAUGCCGCGCUAUCCACCUGAUCGGUGGUUUGACUACAGUUCACUGGGUGUCCCAGUGAAGGGGACGCGUUUACUUCCGAUAAAACUACCUAUACCGUUAGAAAAGUCGUACAACAUUCCUCCCCAUAUGAGGUUUUCAUUAAAUGACCUCAUCGCUCGCGUUCAGUCAUGCAAUCAGUUCCUGUCAUGCGUCAUAGACUUGACGUACACAAGAUACUACUCUACAAAGUUCCUAAAUGAUAACAAUAUAAGAUAUCAUAAGAUAUAUGUGGAAGGUCAUAAAAUCCCAGAUCCAAAAUGUGUUGCACAAUUCAUCGAUCUGGUUAACAAAGAGCGCAAACAGUGUCCAGAUGGCAUAAUCGCUGUGCACUGUACACAUGGUGUAAACCGGACGGGUUACUUUAUAUGCAGAUAUCUUAUCGACCAUAUGAAUAUGAACCCCAAAGAUGCUCUUCAAGAAUUCGAAUACGCACGUGGUCAUCCCGUGGAAAGGGGGAAUUAUAUUGAACACUUGCUUUCCUCUACCGCCAGAUUGGAGUCUAGAUUAAAUGUUGAAGAAGAUGGAUCUACCUAAACGUGUACAAUAUAGCCAUUACUUUUCAUUCUUAUCUUCUAAAAUUGACAAAAAAGGACUACCAGUGGUAAUGCAAAAUGCACGAAGAGGUCGUUCUUUUUGAAAUACGAGUGAAAAUAAUAAAUUAACCAUCCAU